GGUUAAUCUGAUGUAAGCAACGCCUCACCUCAUUCUGCCCGCCUGCACCCCCACAUCGCGCCUCUUCUCUCCUCCAGAGAGAUUUUGAGCUCUGUUUCUCCAGCACAGCACUUCUGAAUCUCCCUCAGCUGAGAGGAUCUGGGCAUCAUGGCUGCUACCGGAACAUUCCGCAUGGUGUCUGAGGAGGAGCAGGCAUUACGUGCCAAGCUUGAGCAUCUGACCGUUAAGGAUCAUGGGCCAGUGUACGGGCCUUGUAAGAAACUUCCGGACCACACAACACAGAAGGCUAAAGAUGAAUUGAAUGAGACUGAGGAAAAGAGGGUGUCUUCUGUAAAAGAACUGAGGGUCAUGAUGAAAGACAAGGCAAGCGAAGGGGAUGAUCUCUCCAGGGCUGUGCAGGAAAAAUUUGGGGACAAACCAGACUCCCUCCUGCUGAGGUUCAUACGUGCUCGCAAGUUUGACGUGACAAGAGCACAUGAGCUCAUGAAAGGUUAUGUGCGUUUUAGGCGAGACUACCCUGAGUUGUUUGAGAAUUUAACCCCAGAGGCAGUACGCAGUACCAUUGAAGCGGGUUACCCACGAAUCCUCUCCACCAGGGACAAGUACGGCCGUGUGGUGCUGCUCUUCAACAUUGAGAACUGGGAUCUAGAGGAGGUUACUUUUGAUGAAACUCUGCGUGCAUACUGUGUAAUCCUUGAGAAGCUUUUGGAAAACGAAGAGACCCAAAUCAACGGUUUUGUCCUCAUUGAGAAUUUCAAGGGCUUUACCAUGCAGCAUGCAUCUGGCAUCAAACACACAGAGCUGAAGAAAAUGGUAGACAUGUUACAGGACUCUUUCCCAGCACGAUUCAAGGCAGUGUAUGUGAUCCACCAGCCCUGGUACUUCACAACCACCUAUAAUGUAGUGAAGCCCUUCAUGAAGAGCAAACUGCUGGAGAGGGUUUUUGUACAUGGUGAUGAGCUGAAUGGAUACUUAAGAGAUUUUGGUGCUGAAAUCCUGCCACCGGACUUUGAUGGUAUGGGUCCCAUGUGUGAUGGCAAAGAGACAGCAAUCAAGCUGUUUGGUUCUGAAGACACGGCCCUUUAAUUGCCCAGAACCAGUAGUAGAAGACUCUGAUUUUCACCAACCUUUUUGUUGAUUUUGAAUAUAAAGUUAUUAGAAUGUUUUAUAGAAACUAUGGAGAAAUGAAAAAAUACUACUGUUGUGAUACAGUGGUUUCAUGAAAGGUCAUCUUAAGAGAGAUGGAAAUGUUACAGAACAUACAUGAUCACAUUUGAAAUUCCUCUGUAUAUAAACAGAAAGUUUUUUUCAAAGAUAAAUUGGCAGUGACUGCCUUGAAAAACUGUGGCCUGAGGUGUAUCAUAAGAAAGUUUUAUACUCAUCGUAAUGUGUAGAAAAUAAAUGUUGUAAUUAGUGUGUCAAAAAGAUAAUUCCAUGCCUUGACCAAGAAAUAAUCAGCCACUUACUGUAUUUUAUUUUAGACUGCAUUGCUUGUGAAUGGCUUAUUGAGCCAAGUAGAUGUAAUAUUUUUGCUGUCGUUGUUAACUCAUGUUGGUUGUGUAAAGACUAAGACUUUGUUUCCAAUAAA